GGAGGUUAAAGGGUAAGGGUCAAGGCUGUGACCCUGUCGUGUGGACAAAGAUUACUUCACCAACGAUUCUCUGUAAUUAACCAUGGCAGAAGGCGAUGUCGAGCAAACUUUUUGGGAGUGGUUUGUGGCAUACAGGAGUCCAUCUGACAUUAAGAAACAUCACCCCGAUUUCUUGACAAUGGAGCUUUGCUGCUUUGCUUGCACAUUUCUGACAUUCCUACAUGCCCAGCGUGUGGGUGGUAGGUUCAAGUAUCUUUGGGUCGGGGUGAUACUGCAUGGCCUGUUUGUUGAGAUGGUAAGUUACUGGAUGCCGGACAUUGACAGCUUCUGGCACGCUCAGGGAAUCUUCACUUUCCUCGGAAAGCGCCUACCUCUCUACAUUGUCUGCAUUUAUGCAGUAUUCAUUUACACAGCUAGUGUGGUAGUUGCCCAUUCAGGCAUGAAGUGGUGGGCCCUGCCACCAGCAGUUGGCUUGACCGUGGUGAUGCUGGACUUGCCGUAUGACAUCCUCGGCAUCAAAAACCUGUUCUGGACUUGGCAUGACACUGACCCUAACAUCUAUGAUCGUCACUACUGGGUGCCGUGGACCAGCUACUACUUCCAUGCUACCUUCGCUUGUGGCUUCACUGCUGUGUUCCAUCUCAGUCACAAAAUCUUUGCCCCGGACAAGGAGACCUAUCAGUAUGCUGGUGUAUGUCGGGAGACACUUUGCAUGUUGUUGGCAGCCAUGUUUGGGUUCCCUCUGGGUGUUAUACAGUUUGUGUUUAUCUACCAUCCCCUGCAUGACACGUACGGUAUACACACGGAGGUGUGCGUCAUGCUGCUCGUCGUUGUGUUCGGCCUGAUUGUGUGGAUGGGAGACAGGAAUGGUCACAGGGCAGAGACAUUCAAGAGAAGAUGGUUCUUGGAUGAGAUAAUGACUGAGGUGAUUCUACAUUACACCUUCUUCCUCUACCUGGUGUUCACAUCAAAGCCGGAAAACAAUGUGGUUACCGGCCUACAUGAACCUGUGGGGCCAUGUAAUGAGACGAAUGCUGUGCAGACUCCAUUUGGAGCGAUUCUAUCCAAGAAGAAGUACCUGUGUUUGGAGAACUAUGAUGAGGCCGUGUUUGACUUCCAUUGUGUGGAUGAGAAACCAGCCCCAGGCUCCCACUGGUACACAAUCUGCGGCACCCCAUAUCAAAACCACAUGGAGUAUAUCGUGGUCGUGUGUGCAGUGUGUCUCCUCGGCCUCGUGUGGUGCCUGACCAACCUGCGUUCCACGGGGCUCCCAGGGCACAAACACCACAGGGGACCUCACAUCAAACAUGACUGAGGAAGGAGAUGGCUCUAUAUGCAAUAGUUCCCAUUAUGUCAUGUUAACAGCAUUGCAGUGCUUUGUUAAAAUGGAACGAUUUCUAUGUAAUGUGUGCUAGGAAGAUUGAAUGGCGGUUGCCCUAGUAUAACAGUGUGAGUGAUAGUGUGUUAGGAUUAAUACUUGAAGUAAACAAUAAUGUGCUCAAAGAGUUUUCCUACCUUUUUUUUGUACUCAUUUAUUUGUAUUUUUAUUGUGUAUUUAAACUAGUCAUUGAAUGGUCUUUGAAUUAAUGUUUGAGUGACUAUUAAUGAAAUAAUGAAAACAGCCAUCAAUCCUUUAUUUUUUAUUAUGAUGCUGAUUGUUUACAGAAGAAAAAAUAGAGAAAGAAAAUCAGUGAUACUUUUUUUAUGAUAUAUUUGAGUGUUUUACAACAUAGGAAAUAAAGCACAUUUUUAUAUUCAAGUAUUAUCCACUUUGAUAGUUGCCAUUUGUGAGUUAUUUUAUGUCCUUUUUACAAGAUGAAUGUUAUAAGACACAUGGUUUGUAGGUUACAUGAUAUGGGAUAUAUUGGGCAAAGGAAACAAUAUCGGGUAAGAGCGAAGCCUGAAUCAGAAUAUGGUUUCCAGCACCUCGUAUAUCCCAUAUCGGGUCACCUACUAACCCCGUAACGUAUCACAUCAACAAGGUAUUGACAUGUUUAAAUGUUUCAUUUAUUCAUCGGAAUAUUCUUCAGAAUCGGAAUAUAUAGACGCCAUUUUGGUACGAUAUAGAUUUGGUGACCCAAUAUAAAAAAAUAUGGGGUCACCACGGGACCAGUUCUAGACCAAUGGCAAUGCAUCAUUUAGGUUGGAGGCGUGAUGUAAAUAAACAUGUGUGCUAUCAAAUGUUAAUAAGGCCAUAACAAAUGGGGGUAACAUUUGUUUAUCAUGGACAUAUUUUUCACCAUAAUUCUCAAGUAAAAACUGUCAAUCAAAAUGAUCAUCAUGUUUUGACACAUAUUAAUGCUCAAAAAUGCUUUUUUGUAAUGCAAUGUUGAUUCAAAUGACAUUUGUUGAUUUUGGGAAGACACUAAAAACUAUAAAUUGCCUGCCAAUAUUCUUUAUAUUUGCUUAGAACUAUAUGUGAAAAGGAGAAUAAAGCUUGAAUAUAUUAUAUAACUCCUUUUUUCACUUACUGGCACUGUUUUCAUCUUUAUUUUAAUCAGUGCUUCCAAUGUUCAAAAAAUGAAAUUGGUGUGGCUCAUUCCACUGAUCUCCACUUAGCUUAGGAGUGUAAUGAAUGUUUCAAAUUGAUUUUAUAACUGUUAAAUUUGUGUGCAUGUAUAAUUUUAUUUAUGUAAGCACUUUUUACGUCAAACCAGUGUCAUUUUCUAUUAUCAAAUAUUUAUUAAUAGGCUUUCUGUGACAUUACUUUUUAAUGCAAUGAAAAAAAAUUUUUUUUUUUUUUAAAUGUAUUAAUUUGUAUGUAGCUUUUUAUGUCAACUAUGUGCCAAAUCAAUUAAAUAGGAGUAUAAAUGUAAUUGUUUGGAGGGAAUGGCUUUAAUCCGGAAUUCAAUCUUUACUGUAUGGGUUUUUCCAGGAUUCCCACAAGCGUGAGGGGAACGAACAAAACUAUGCUCUACUGUUCAUGGAGAAAAUAAAAAACAUCUGUUCAAAAGUUUGGAAUGUAAUCAUGCUGAAUUUGAACAAUUCAUGGAGUAAAAUCAAAAAAGAUUUUGUGUUAAACUUCCAUUGUUUAUUGCAUUGAGGGGUGAGAGUGGUCUAGGGGUGAGAGUGGUCUAGUGGUACAGGUGUCCGCCUCUCAUCCAAGAGGUUGUGGGUUCGAUCCCCACUAGGGGUACUUUCUCAUGGCCUCUCAAAAAGGACACAGUACUGGUUUCUGCCCAGGAAACGGACUCGGGAGUGAUCUUAUAAGCUAUCAGCUUUCGUCUCAAUCGAGCUAAAAUAAAUUAGUAUAAACCAAACUUGCAUUGAAUUGAUAAUAUAAGAAAACUGCAAACCUCCUCUCCCCAAACCUCCUGAGCAUGGACAACCCAUGGGAUCCCAUUGUAUUGAUAAUUCCGGUUUAAAUCCCUUAUAAGUACAGUCUGUUAUAAACAAGACUAGCUAGUUUAGGGUUCCUCAAAACAAUUCGUUAUAAAUAUUGUUUAUUCUAAAUUACUAAUUUAUUUAUAAUAGAUAUUAAAGUUAAGAAUAAUAAAGGUAUUAUUAUAAUGGUAUGCUAGCUAUGGUGAUAUGUAUAUACAGAGCCAGUUUGUAUGAUAUGUCUAAUAAAUAGGUGGAAGUUACA